AGCGAUUCUUACCAUGCAUUCGCAGCUUCCGCUGUUCAUCUUAUUGUUUAAUUGCGAUAAACUAGGCGCGCACCCGUUCGUCUAUUGUGUGAUCGAUGUAUGACGACCGCAUUGAGUCCCCCUAUAGAGCUUUCUUUCUUCUUCCUCUAUCUUUAUCCCUUUCCUCUCCUGUUUCCGGAUUUCCUUUGUCAUAGCGUUAUGGUCCUGUGCUGUCUCACAAGACUAAAAAGGAGGCUUCGUUAUUUGGUGCAAAGGCUUUCAAAACAUGUAUAUUAUUACUUUCUCGAGUCGAGCGAGCCAAAUCUUCACUCCAGCCUGUUUAUAGUUUAUACAUAGUUUGGCAGUAUUUGGAUACUUGCUGAAUUCAAAUCACAGUUCUAUACCA